UGAUUGGAAAAUUCCUGCUGUGUUAUGAAUUAGCAAGCGGCAGGAGUGGGGCCUUCGUUUUAUACAGACAGUAACGUUAAAUGACUGAUGCUAUUUAUAAUUUACUUAUAUCGCAAUAUAUCAGAUGACUUUAGAGGGAUGACGAAGGCCUAAAUAAUAGAGUAGACCAAUUUAUUACCGGUGCAGGCUAUGUCUGACAUUUCCCUGUCACCAACACCAUCCCAGGAAAACCUCGCCAACGUAAUGGACGCCACCAUGUAUAACGCAAUCGACACCUUCAUGGCCAACGAGGAGCAGCCCUAUGAUAGCUUCAUGAAACAGUUUACACAUUUUACACAAGAUGAUGUUAAAGCAGAUAUGCUGAGAAAGCGAGAAGCGAUGCUGAAGAAAAUGAAACAGUCCAAUCGUACACAUGAAGGUAACAAGCAGAGCAGUGUACCUGAUCAGGAUAAUGACAACACCUGCCCAGGUGUGUUACCCGGGGAGGAGGAAGAGCUGGAAGAGGAGGUUUUGGAUCUUGGUACCAGAAGCAGUAUCAUGACAAGUGGAAUCAACAAGGGACCUAAAAAGUCAACAGUCCAGUUUGACAACUUCGUAGAGCUGGAUGUAUCGGACAGUGAAGAUAUAUUGGAAGACAGUGAUUAUGUUGCUAGUUUUGCUGGUCAGAAAUCCAGCGUAAAAUCAGAAGAACCAAGUUUGUCUCAUCAGGGUCUGGAGGAUAUUCAAGAAGCUGACAGUCAAGGGGAGAUAACUCGUGCAUCUAUAGCUGCCAGAGAGCUAAGUGAGGCAAUAAGCACAGUUGACUCUAGAUCUGAUGUUAUCAAUCCUGGAGAAGUGGAAGAUCUUCCCUCAGUGAAGCCAGUCACUCAGAAGGACCAGACACUGGACUUCUCUGCCAAGUUCUUGGAGGGAGGACCAAUCAAGGACGACCAUCAGGAGUGUUCAGACGAAGUGGAACCGUUCAGUUUAGACAGAGACUUUGACUACGAUAAUGUUAUAUUAACGCCAAAGUAUUCCCAAGAGGAUGUUAAUCUCAUGAAGACCCUGAGGGACCAAAAUAAAACGCAGCAAACGGACACACAAGAAAAUGAGACCUAGUCACAAUGAUACAAAACUUAUCAUUCAUAAUUAGUACAAACACCCCUGAAGACUCAUUUGAACUCGUCCAAUUCAAAGAUUGGUAUAGUUCAUUAUGCGAUUUCAGGGGGGAAUGAGUUAAGGUUUUGUUUGUGACCACAUUACAGUGACACCUGCAUUUACCAACACCUGACUUUCAGAACGAUACCUUUGAUACCUGGUGUUAUAUUUUGUGUCACAAAAAGAAGUAUUUUCAGUCUUUUGAUCCCCAUACCACUGCAGAACAAUAUAACAAGGUAUUGGAAACUUAGUUGCCAGCACGACUAUUAAGUUCAUUAUUCAAAUUGAAGAGAAAACCAUACAUGUACUGUAGGUGACCGCAAAUAAGUCCCCUCCCCACUUUGGCAAAUGUCCUGGGAACAGGAUGGGUGCCUGCAAUUAAACCCUAUCCUUAAUUUUGUCUCUCUGUCAAAAAAAAGUAUGUUUAUGGAAAUUCUAUGAAAAUUUGAUAAAAACAAAGAGCAUGCAAUGACAUAGAUCAGAAUCUGACCUCAGGAUCCGUGUCAUUUCACUGUUGCUUUAACCAUGUGACCUGGCACCGUUUCGCUGCUAUUUCAUCAAAAGUGAAAUUUCGGGGAGACUAUACUCUAUGUUAAUAUUUUCAAGUGUCUUGCCUGUAGUGAUGCAUGGAUCCUCAAAAUCUGUCUGGUCUAACACUGCAAUAUAGGACCAAGCAGUCCAGUCUCCCUAGGUGUUGGUAGAGUCAGGUGUUGCUGUAACUAGUAAACAUUCCAAGAAUCUAUGUGUAAGCAGAUCAUGUAUGUCAGGAAAGUCUCAUAUAUAUUAUAUUAUGGUAUUAUAAUAUUUUUCUAAUAUCUUUUACAAUUUUUGUUUUACUCAACUCUGUUU